AUGAAGAAGUUUUUUGUCAGUGGAGUGUCUGAAAUCAGUGAUUUAUUAAAUGAAUUGGAAAGAGAAGAAGAGGAUUUAGCAGAAGAAGGAUAUAUGUUUCGCACAAAAAAUUGUGUUGAUGAUUGGGUUUUAAUUAAAUAUAAGCUUGAAGGAAAAUCUGCAAAAUCAUUACAUUAUGUAGGUAUUAUAAAAGAAGUCUUUGAUGAUGUACAGAAAGCUUUUGAUAGUGUGAAUCAUAAGCUAUUGAUGUUUAAAUUAGAAAACGCAGGUAUUCGUGGUUUACCUUAUAAUUUAAUUAAAUCCUUCUUAGGUGAUAGAACUCAAAGAGUUAAACUAAAUGAUACAUAUAGUGAUAUUCUAGAAGUAUCUUGUGGUGUACCACAAGGCACAGUCCUAGGGUAA